GUUGUUAACACGUGAGAUACUCAGUGAAGGGAAGAGUGUUAAAGAAGUGGAAAACCGGGAGACACAAGGCUCCAAAAUAACGCGGAAGAGAGUUUUUGAGAGAGAGCCGGAACUGAAGGAAAGCUUCGUUGGUCCUAAUGAGGGAAUGCCGAAAAGGAGAGCAGACACACGGCCAGAGCACCAGACAUGAGUCCGAGAUAUCUGUUGUUGCAGGUGGCGGACUGAAGACGAUGCUGGAUGCCAUGGAUGUUCCAAGUCAUGCUAGGGAUCUCCUCCUGCAGCUCAACAGCCAACGAACCAAAGGCUUCCUGUGCGAUGUUAUCAUUGUGGUGCAGAACGCCCUCUUCAGAGCUCACAAGAACAUUCUGGCUGCCAGCAGCCUCUACUUGAAAUCUUUGGUGGUCCAUGACAAUCUGAUCAACCUCGACCACGAGAUGGUGAGUCCAGGGGUCUUCAGGGUCAUUCUGGACUACAUCUACACAGGCCGCCUUAGUGAGGGAGAACCCACUUCUCCUACUGAACCCAAUCUAGGUGCUGUGUUGGCAGCAGCCAGCUACCUCCAGCUGCUUGACCUGGUGGCUUUGUGCAAAAAGAAGCUGAAAAGAAAUGGCAAGUACCCUCCCCGGCCUGGGCCUGCAUUUCUGCCUUACCCAAAGAUGGGCCCCAACAGUAUGGGUUUAGGGAGUGGUGGCAGGUAUAGGAUUUCCACUCCUGUCAUUCAGUCCUGCCCUCCAGGAGGAAUUUUGAAUAUCCAUGCAACGCGGGCAUCACCACCAGAAGAGCUAGUUCCCCAUCGGAUAGCCAUUCAUGCUGGGGAGCUGUAUGCUCCAACCUCCAUCCAAGGCUCUCAGGUGUUCCCGCCCCUGCAGUCAGCUCUGCCUGCCCAGCUGGGGCGCUCAGCCCACCCUGGAAGGAACUGCUCCCCAAACCAUGGCCUUGAUCUCUCCAAGAAGAGCCCCAACUCCCAGUCUCAGCACACACCCUCUCAAUCCCAUUUGGCAAAUUCUCACAAUGAUGAGGAGCGAGACGGGAUCCUGAGCGGUCGCACCAGUCCCAUGCAAGGGACAAACGGAAGGGCUUUCCCCUCAGAAAAAAUGGAUUCAACUGACCAGGCAAGCUCUCUUACUCCUCCACCAUUCCCCCAUAUCAACCAGGCUCUGGGCCCCCACCUCCCCCACCUGCAUCGCCACCAGGGCCGGGAUCGCUACCCAUGCCCCCCCAGCCCUGAUACCCCAACAGAAGGCGGAGAAGCAGGCAGAGAUAUGGGCAACAUCUACCGCUGGGUGAAACAUGAGCCACUUUCAUACACAGCAGAAGAUGAAGAUGAGGAUGAGGAUGAAGAGGAAGGGGGCGAAAAUGGAGACCGGCAUCAUAACCAUCACAAGGCCGGGGAGGAGAGUGAAGGAGUCGACGAUAAGAGCGGGUCAGGCACAGAGGAGACGGGCAGUAGUGAAGGCCGCCCCUCGCCUUCUGGACCAAUGGGGAGGUUCCAUAUGCCAUAUGAGCCAGAGAGCUUUGGGGACAAUCUGUACGUCUGCAUUCCCUGUGACAAAGGCUUCCCGAGCUCAGAGCAGCUCAAUGCACACGUGGAGACACACACGGAAGAAGAGCAGUACUGCAACUCAGGUGGGGAGAUGGGAAACGGCAAUAACGGCCCCAAAAACAUGAGCAGUAAUACAAACGGUUAUGGGGGCCUGAACAGCAGCAACAGUCUCUCCCACCUGGAGUCCAAAUCCAGCCAAGCGCUGAAUUCAGGGGGGAUCGGGGAAAUGAUGCGACCCUACCGCUGUUCCUCCUGUGAGAAGUCCUACAAAGAUCCUGCCACUUUGCGGCAGCACGAAAAGACCCACUGGCUGACCCGGCCUUACCCUUGCAGCAUCUGCGGGAAGAAGUUUACGCAGCGCGGCACCAUGACGCGCCACAUGCGUAGCCACCUGGGCCUUAAACCUUUUGCCUGUGACUCCUGUGGCAUGCGCUUCACCCGCCAGUACCGCCUCACCGAGCACAUGCGCAUCCACUCAGGGGAAAAGCCCUACGCAUGUCAGGUGUGCGGAGGAAAGUUUGCUCAGCAGCGCAACCUCAUCAGCCACAGCAAGAUGCACAGUAGCGGGGGGAGUGCAGGGGGCCUGACCACAGAUGGGAAACUGAAGCUGGACUUUGCUGAGGGCAUCUACCCACUGAGUAAAUAUGCAGCAGAGCAUUUGGGCCUGAAGCAGGAGAAGGCCAAUGAGCUCCUAAUCCAAGCCCAGCAGCAACUGGUAGCUGAUGCAAAGGUCAUGGAGAGCCUCUACCCGCUGUCCAAACUGGCCGCAGAGCACCUCGGUAUCCCCCUCGACAAGAUGGAUGUCAUGGGCCAACCCCUCCUCCCUUCCCUCUCUGAUGGCCGCAUCAUUGACCGUUACUCACCCAGCUAAAAGCACAUGACCUGUAUAAACAGCAGUCACCAAUAGGUCUGUGUGCACACACAAUUGCAGUAUUCUAAAGCCUUUCACCUCAACUCCAUAUCUCCUCUGCACCUCAGACUCAGGCCGAGAGGAAUUGGUCUGCUCAUGCACACCAAAAAGUGUAGACUGUAAGUGCCUUUCUAUGCAUCUAAUGUAUCUUAAAAUCCUCCUUCAUAAGGGAGCUCUGUGCUAUUCCGUGACCAAGAGACACUUAUUCAAAGAAGUACAGUAUUUAUGUACAGUGUAUGCAAACAAACAUUUCAGUCAUUGAGCCAAAGUGACAAUUUGAAAACCAAAAUGAAAUUGUUAUAUUUAUUUUUGUAUCAUGAUGAAAUCCAAAGAGAAACUUUUGCAAGGAAGUGUUGCAAUAUGACCCUAAACCUGUGUAAUAUUUAGUAUCACCUGUGUACAAAAAAAAGUAAAAAGCACAUAAGGACAAGAUUCAGUGUUUUGGUCCAGACCUGAGCAGAACCAAAUGAAUAAGCCAACUCAUGUGGACUUUAAAGUAAUGGGAGCAUAUAUGUUUUUUUUUUCUUCUUCUGUUUUUGGGGCGACUGGACAAUUUAUGUAUUUCACUCUCCAGCUUAUCCAAAUCAUGUUCCUGCCCCUAAAGUCACGAGGAAAUGACUGAACGAUAAGAGCAGUUGCCUCAGCAUUUUAGUAAAGUCUCAUCAGUUUUAUUUUCUCCACUUUUUUAUAAAGUAACCCGCUCUCCCACAUAUCUUUGUGGAUUAGGACUCAUACUAUGUGACAGUAAUGGUAGCUUAAUCAGCCUUACACUCAGCGGCCUACAGCUAAAACUUCCUUUGUAUUUUGCCUCACAUCCCUUAGCUUUCAGUUGUUGUUGAGAUGCAGUAAGCUCAGCCCUGUGAUCUCAUAACUCGGACAUGAUUGCACAUACCCAACUGCUGACACAUAAAUGCCUGAGAAGAGUGUAGCUGCAUCUCAUGGUGUAGACUAAGCAUGGGUGUUGCCUCUGACAUUUACAAUUAUGGAUGCAGCAAAGCAGAGAAGUAGUGACCAGGUCAAAAUUAACGGCACUGAAAUCUGUCAUUAACUGCCAAAAGCAAUUAUUCCAUUCACAGCAGCCUGAUGACAAACUGCGUAGCGACACAAGUCACAUGUCGCAUUGCUGCUCCACUCUCUGUAGUCUGAGGCCGGGAGCCCAGCUACUGUUGACAGGCCAAAGUGAGUGCUGCACUCAGCCCUGUGCCUUCAAAGUGUUCUGAUCCGCUCACCACACGCCUCUUCCACACUCACACAGCGAGCUGCUAAUCUGUCUGUGAUACGAACAUAAGAAUGGGUUUGUGGGUCUUCCCUGGAAGCCAGCGGGUGAACAGUACAGCCCAGCUGCUGUGCCUCAGUAAUCCCCUUGAAAUCUCACUUUCUCCUGGACAAUUCCCACUGCUUGCCAGCAUGAUGUCCCAUUUCAUGCCUGCCAUGUUGCCCCUCUGAUCCACUCAUCAACAUCAUAUUUAAGCCCAGCUAAUGUCUAAAGGCCUCGCCUCCUCCACGCUGGUCUUUUUUUAAUACAUAUUUCAGUAUUGGCUGACCAGCGAUAACUCCAUCUUGAAAACAAAAAGCACUUAAAGGUUGUGGGUUGCCGGCACAUUUAUAAAAAAACAUGUUUAUUCCAAAGAACAUUCUGGCAUUUUCUUUUUCCAUUUGUACUACUCCUUGAUUUAGAUUAGACAUGUCUGACCACUAUAGUGCCAAUGCCAACCUCAGUGGGUGAAUGUGAAGACUAAAGCCAUAAAUACACUGUGAUUGACGUGGUGAAUUUUAAAGGCCAAAAGAAAACAGAGACAAUUUGCCUGACCUUUGGAUUUUUUUUUUUUUUUUUUAAAUGUAAUUAUAAUUUAAGGGCUUCUUCUCUGUAGCAUAUCAAUAUGUGGUUUUCUGUCACUUACUUUUCUUUAUUUGAUUUGAGCUGAAAGCAGCGCACGUGAAACUGGUGCUUACCUCAGGACUGAACCCAGCAUGGGGACGCAAAGCUUUUCUAAACUUUCAAAUUACAAUGUUAACACACACACACGCACACGUGCACACACCCUUUUUUUCCUUAUUAACAGGGCAGUUGUCCUGUGUUAAACCUGUGGUUAUUUCUGUGUUUAUACAUUUCUCGUUACAGUUUUAUGAUGGGGAGAUAACAUGUGAUAUUAACCAUUUUUUGUUUUUAUUUUUACUAUGCGGUAUACAUUUUCUAUUGUGUUUCCUCAAAGAGGCUUGUGUCGAUCUGACCAAUUCCAUUGUAAUAACAUAAGGCAAAGUCAGUUUGGCAGUUUGUUUAACUUUGUGAUUUUCUGAACCACACUUAAGAGAGCAAGGUGGUAUUUGUCUUUGUUUUUAACCACACACACAAGUAUAUGUGAUAAGUGUUUUGAAAAGUAUCAAAUAGAGAUGUAUUCUCAGUAAUUCCUCCGAGCAGUUAUUUUACAGGGCGGGUAUGAACACUCGCCACAUUAUGUGACCCCUUUCCUCCAGAGGUUAGUGAACAGUCAAUGAUGAGUGAGACUGAGGUUAUACAUGUACAAAAACAAACAGGAAGCCAGCUUGUUUUCUAUGAUCCUUCAAGUUUUGGGACUCUUUUGUUUGGCUCUGUACCUAAAACCAGAAUGUAGAGCUUUAAUGAAACAUUAUUAAAAAUGAGAACUUGCUUCACAAGCAUGUGCAAACGUGUGAAACAUUUAGAAAGAGGCGGAUGUCUGUCGUGGGAAUUUCAGUCCCUUCAGUCUUUCUCAUUCACUAGCUUAAAUGGAAAUCUGUCUCCUCCUUCUCCCUGCCUUACACCAUUAAAAUAACACAAUGUGUUUCCACUGUCACUCCAAAUCUGUGCAGGAGGGAAGAGCGAGAUAAUGGCUGAACAUUUCUUGUAGGACGGGCAAGGUUUGAAAUUUGCUUAAUUGCAUUUACGUGUACGACAGACAGAGGUGUAGGCUAUGUUUCUAUGGAAAGGGGAAGCGUUUGCUUGUCUGUUUGUAUGUCCCUAUGCCAUCGGUGCGUAUGAAGGUCUGUUAAUGCAUGUCCUGGGAAUAGGGUUGGUGUAAAGGAGAAAAGCUGAGGAGCAGGAAGUGAACUUUUGGCUGGCGUGUUGUGCUGAGGAGGAUGUGCCGUGUGUUUCUGCUCAGAGGCAGAUAGAGAGACGGAGAAUGGGGCGGGAGAGGAGCAGGGAGAGCGCAGCAGGGUGGACGCGAGCCAUUGUCUCAGUAUGAAAGCCUGUUCGUACUUCUAAAACUCUCCAUUCAGAAAACAAGAAGACUGUAUCUUCUCUUUUCCUUCCCUUUCUGCUCUUUGGGAAUAGACCUCUGCUCAGUAUCACGGUGAUACAACAUUGUGUUCUUUUAAGGGCUGCGCAGCGAGGAAGCCAUUCAGACAUUUUGUUACACUUUGAGGAUGUCGUGGAUAAAAUAGUUUGGCAUAAUUCUGUGCACAUAAAUUCCUUACAAUAUAUUUUCCAUUAUAUGUCGAUAACAUUUUUUAUUGGGGCUGGAAUAUUCAAGGGAAAAUGUAAGGCAAAACAACUGGGUUGUAAAUCAGAUUAAAAAAAAACUAGAAGUAAUUGUAUUGCUCUGUGGUUGAUUCAAUUAGUAAUUACAGCAAUUACAAAAGUCUUGUUUCAAUUUACUCAUGUAGCCACUCACCCCUUGGGUUUUAAUGCCAUAAGCCUUUGUUAAUGUUAUUUAGAUGACACAUCAAAACUGCUCUUUGCCACUAAAAUGAGAUGAAGAUGUUUUGAAAGUAAUAUAAUUAUGCAUUUAAAACAAUUGAUUUGUUAUGUCAAUUGAUAUAAUAAAAAUAAAUGAAUGCAAAUACAAAUGCGUGUAAAAGACAAACCACCAACUAUGACAUGUGGGUUGAUAAUUUUAUUGUAAUAUUAAGGCAACCAUCCCAGCCCCUUAAAUGUUAUGAUACUAACAAUACAACAGUAAACAAAUGUCUGCAUGAUUUCUAGUGGCCCUGUAAAGACCAAAAACGGUUUAAGGUUUAAUGCUAAAUGCAAAGUGUGCCUUUAAGCUUUCUAGCAGCAAGCGGGCCGAGGUCACCUAUGUGAGUCAGACAGGAUGAAAAGUCCUGAUCUGCAAUCAUACCGCCAUUUGACAUUUACUGUAUUUUAUAAUAUCUGCCAAAAGGGCUGAGGCACAUAGCAGACAUCGCAGAUGCUCAAAUCAAAACUCAGCAUCAAUCUUUGUAGUUUCCACGGGUUGCACUGUAGAGCUAAGCUUCUGACCACUUUUGCCUUUUAUUGAAAGCCAUUAUAUAUAUGGCUAAUCUUCAGAGCACAGUUCACACAUGCCACUAUUGUCCAGUGUACAUAUUUCUUUUUAUGAGGACUCAUGUAUAAAUGUAAGCUAGAGCCAAAUAAUAUCAAUAAUCAAGCUGUAUAUUGAUGUUGAAACCAAAAACAUGUGCCUUCAGGAUAACAAGCAUUGAUUAUUCCGCAAUAACUUGCUAUGUGUAUAACUUACGCAUGUGUGUGUAAGUGCGUAGCUGCGUGUGUCCACGUAGUGCACCUGUCCAUCUACAUGUCUGAACGCCUUUCCCACAGUAGAGCAGGGUGUAGCGCAAGAGAGAGCUUUGACACUUUCAAGAGUCUUUGUUACAAGCAGCUGCUUUAGAUUUAUUUCCCCAAACUGCACUUUUCUGGAAAAAUCAUUGUAUUGUGAUUUUUUAUUACUCUUGUGAUCCCCUAGAAGUCCCACAAUUGCCUUUCUUCUGGCACUUUGCUUUCCUCCUCUUCCUCCCUCCAGUGCAGAGCUUGGCCACACUUGUUCACCGCCCUUGUUACCUCGAGGCACCGCUCUCCUCCUCACCUCUCCCUGUCCCUUCUCUCUUCUUACACUCAACACAAACCGCUGACCCCUUCCUCCUCCAUGAUCCACUUUCUUCCAGCUGUUUUUCAUGCUGAAGAAGACAGUUGUCUAAAUGUUUACAUGAAGAGCUACUCUCUUUUUCUUUAGGCCCUGAUCAAUUUCCAAAAUGAACUUUGUGGCAUGUGUUAAAAUACAGCAGAUGAUGGGCCAAAUAAAAAGAGCCUGAAAUCGUUGUUGUAUUCUGAACCUCUAGCCAAGAAACGGCUUACAAAAGGGAGAUUAAAGACAGCAUAUCAUCAUAGAGGAAAUGCAGAAUAAUGUGAGGGGAAAUGUUCAGGGAAAAUAUGCUCAGAAAGAUGCCAGUAAAGUAAACAUGUAUGAAAUUGCACAAUUGAGCCGGGCUUCGGCUGCACCAGCCAAGUCAUGCACUGAGAUGGAGAGAACAAGUAAGGGAGAGAGGUUGAGAAGAAAAGAAGCAGAAACAGAGAGAAAAUAGCUUGUGCUUGAUAGUCAUAAUAACGUUGAGUUAAUAACAAAGAAAAGUUGGUUGCUCUUCUAACGUUUUUCCCCCUCAUUUUGUUCUGUUUUUACUCUAUUUCAUUUCCCUCUUUAAGGAAAUUGUCUUGUGAGGAAAUUAAGUUUUCUUUUCCUUUUCGUUAUUGACUGCUUCGGGCCAUUGUCAAGGGUUUUAAAUGUUAAUGUGCAUGUCAUGUCAUCCUUUUUCCAGACCUAACAAUUAUCACCCAAUCAGCACACGACCCACAGAAGGCUCUUUGUAGACGAAUAGGGAAGGGGCUUCUGGCUGCCUAUGUCCUCUUCCAUCUGUUAGACUUGGACCUCCAUGUCUGUGUCUAUCUUGAACACAUGCAAAGACAGACUCAGUGGACUUUGGCUCAAAUAUUUUCUUUUACAACUUCUGCUCCAGAAGUUUAAAUGUAAAGACAAACAAGGGACAAAACAAACAGGAAUUUAGAAGCUGGUCAAGGGGAAGAUUUGAUUGUAUAUCUAGCAUGCACACACACAUACACACAGCUGCAUGGCAGGCUGCUGGUCUACAUUAGGUCAGAUUUAAUUUGGUUUCCCUGCUCCUUUUAGAGUGUCGCUUCUAGUAUAAAAAGUCAUUAUUAAAGAAACGGUGAUUCCCCUGACGGCUUCAACCCAACACAUACUAUAGUCUGUGCCAAAAUGUUACAGAGCCUCAGGGUCCACACACACAAACACACACACACACACACACACACACACACACACACACACACACACACACACACACACACACACACACACACACACACACACACACACACACACACACACACACACACUUUUAUUUUGGUUUUGGAAAAAGGUUACGUGUUGAAAUGAUGGAUUAUGAUCUAAUGAAGAUCACUGUUAUGUUUCGGGGGUUGUUGUACUCGACUGGUUGUGGUUCAGGGAUUAGGAAGUUCAGCAGUAACAGACUGCCACGCAGACAGUGGUAUCUGCGGAUAGAAAAUACAUCACAAAUGUACAAUGGAAAUGAGAUUUUUCAGUGGAACACAGAAUCUUAUUUCAGCAGGCAUAAAGCACACGUCCAAAAAGCAUCAAUAAUGUUCAGUGGUUCAUUUUGUGUGAUUAAAUACACCAUACAAACUAUUUAAAGCAAUACAUAAAACCAAACAGUAUUUCUGCAUUUUCUACAUUUCAUUGUCAAUAUUGAUCUUACUUUGCUUUAGUGAAAUGAAUGUAUUUAUUGCAUGUCAAAAUGUUUUAUAGUUAAUUUUUGUGUAAAUGUCAAUUGUGGGUUUUUAUAAUAAUUUCAUUUAAUUAUGGUGUCUUGAUAAAAUCAUGUCGAUAAGGCUUUUAUUUUUUUAAAAGCCAAUGUGAAAAAUGUCAUGUUUGUUUUGUUUGUUACUAUACUCAAAAUCAACUUGGCAAUAAAGUAAAUUGCAUAACGGAU